AUACACGGCGAUUGUGAACUUAGAUUUUUUACAUAUCGUGUUUUGUUUUAUUGAUAUGCGAAAUACACGGCGAUUGUGUAUUUAGUUUUUCUACAUAAUUGUGUUUUGUUUUAUUGACACGUGCGCGCAGUGUAAAAUUCAGAAGUUCUUAAUUUUGAAGUACAAAAUACCGUACUCUGGCAACAUGGCGUACGUCGAAACGGUGCUGCGAGGAUGGGGGCUUGGGGAUUAUGUGGACAAAUUUGAAGAGCAAAAGAACAAUCUAGCCUUUGGCUUGUUACCAGUACUAUUUCCAGGUAGAAGAAAGGGGAAAGGGGGCAGAUAUUCAACCCGGGAAGCACAACUAGGAUUCAUAGAUGUCCAAAAUGAAAACCUUGCACUAGACAAGUUCCUGGAAGAUAUUGUACCUGAAAGUCGACCUCAACCGUUCAUACUAGUCAUUGGGUCUCUCCUUAAACCAGUGCAAAUUUUCAUCAUUGUGGAAAGGCGGGCAUUGGAACAAAGUAGCUUAAUGAAAGCCGUAGAUACAUGCUAUAAAGCAGUGUAUGUCCUGGAUCUAGAAUACCAGCCUCAGUGUUGUGGUGCGUGGGAGUUCCUACAAACAUACAUUUAUGAGAUGAAAGGAGCUGUAUUAAAUGCAGUGCGAUCAGGGAGUUCAGAAUCUUCGAGACAGCCUAUGAGUCAAUAA